AUGACAGGAUUUUGUGUGCUCGGAUGUGGUACUAUGGGCAAGGCCCUCUUGACCGGUAUCUUUGACUCAAUUAAAGAGCAAGAUGAACAAGCUUCUAAGAACAUAUCGGUUCCCGACAAAUUCUAUGCUUGUGUGAAGUUUGUUCAAGAAGCCAUAGAGAUUGAGAAGCUGUUUGCUGGAGACGUUGGAAUCUCCGUAACAGAUGAAGAAAAUGUACAAAAAGCAGCAGCAAGCGACGUUUUGUUGCUCAGUUGUAAGCCUCAAGGUGCUGAAGAUGUUUUAGGUGCUCCAGGCAUGAAGGAAGCCCUAAAAGGAAAGCUGAUCUUAUCUAUUUUGGCCGGCAAGACAAUAGAUUCCCUAAAGAAUUUGUUGGAUGACAGCACUCGUAUUAUUCGUAUCAUGCCCAACACCGCUAGUCGUAUCCGUGAAAGUAUGAGCGUGCUUUGCCCUGCCCCUAAUGCUACGGAGGCGGAUGUGGAGUUUGCUGAAUGGGCAUUCAACGGUAUCGGACGUACUAUGAAGCUUCCUGAAAAACUCAUUGAUGCUUCCACCGCCAUGUGUGGUAGUGGACCUGCCUUCGUUGCUACUAUGAUUGAAGCCAUGACUGAUGGUGGUGUUAUGAUGGGAAUUCCUUUUGCACAAGCUCAGGAACUUGCCGCUCAAACCAUGGUUGGUACCGGACAAAUGGUUUUACAAGGUCAACAUCCUGCAAAGAUUCGUAACGAUGUUUCUACUCCAGCUGGCUGCACUAUUAGUGGAUUGUUGGCAUUGGAAGAUGGAAAAAUCCGUAGUACAAUUGCUCGUGGUAUAGAGCAGGCCACCAAGACUGCUUCUGGUUUAGGAAAUAAUUGA